AUGCAGAAGUACGAAGUUGUGGUGGGAGACACAACAAUUGUUGCUAAUCACUCCUUAUAUGUUGAUUUCACUUUGCCUUACUCAGAAUCGGGCGUGUCAAUGGUGGUUCCAGUGAAAGAUGAAGAGAAGAACAACUUUUGGAUUUUUUUAAAGCCACUAAGCUUGGAUCUGUGGUUAACAACAGGUGCAGCAUUUGUCAUUACAGGUUUGGUGAUUUGGGUUCUUGAACACCGAAUAAACAGUGAGUUUAGAGGCCCGCCAGAUCAACAACUUGGCAUGAUUUUCUGGUUCUCCUUCUCAACAAUGGUCUUUGCUCACAUUGGCUAUAUUAGGCAUAUGCACUCAAUAGUGACCCGCCCAAUGGUCGUUGAGGGCAAUAUCGUUCCAAGACCAAUGAUGUGUAUCGCAUUGACUAAUGAGCACAGGCUGAUUGAUGGGAGGGAGGCUGUGUUUUUCCUGCGUCGUAUUAAAGAUGUUGUAGAGGACCCUGGGAGGCUUCUCCUUGAUGUAUGA